UUAGAGGCCUUUUUUUUUUCUUCCUCUUUCAUUUUUUUUCCUUUUCUCGAGGUCCCCUUACACUUCGAACCCUAGCAGAGGAGAAGAAGAGAAUAAAAAGGGUUCUUUUCUCGCAUACCAAACAUACAGAUUUGUUUUUCCUUGAAAAUCGCCGAGGAAAAAUGCAGCACCUGAGGCUGAAGCAACAGCAACAAGCCCUGAUGCAACAAGCUCUCCUCCAACAACAGUCUCUCUAUCACCCUGGCAUCUUAGCUCCUCCACAGAUAGAGCCAAUCCCAAGUGGAAAUCUGCCUCCUGGUUUUGAUCCAAGUACUUGCCGCAGUGUGUAUGUGGGAAACAUCCAUUCACAAGUGACUGAACCACUACUUCAAGAGGUUUUUGCAAGUACAGGUCCUGUUGAAGGUUGCAAGCUUAUCAGAAAGGAAAAGUCAUCAUACGGAUUCGUCCACUACUUUGAUCGUCGAUCAGCUGCUCUCGCUAUAUUGUCUCUAAAUGGAAGGCAUUUAUUUGGACAGCCUAUCAAGGUCAAUUGGGCAUAUGCUAGUGGUCAGAGAGAGGAUACAUCAGGUCAUUUUAACAUUUUUGUAGGGGAUCUCAGUCCUGAGGUUACUGAUGCAAUGCUGUAUGCAUGCUUUUCUGUCUAUCACAGUUGUUCGGAUGCGAGGGUUAUGUGGGAUCAGAAAACUGGGCGUUCAAGAGGAUUUGGGUUUGUUUCAUUCCGCAGUCAGCAGGAUGCACAAAGCGCAAUUAAUGACUUAAGUGGAAAGUGGCUUGGCAGUCGACAGAUCCGUUGUAACUGGGCAACAAAAGGUGCUGGUAGCAAUGAUGACAAGCAAAGCUCUGAUGCCAAAAGUGUCGUUGAACUUACCAAUGGUUCAUCAGAGGAUGGUAAAGAGACCACCAAUAAUGAGGCUCCUGAGAAUAAUCCUCAAUAUACUACUGUUUAUGUGGGCAAUCUUGCUCCAGAGGUCACCCAACUUGAACUCCACCGUCACUUCCACGCACUUGGUGCUGGGGUGAUUGAGGAGGUUCGGGUCCAGCGUGACAAAAGCUUUGGCUUUGUGAGAUACAGUACUCAUGCUGGGGCAGCUUUGGCUAUUCAGAUGGGGAACACUCAGUCAUUUUUAUGUGGCAAGCAAAUUAAGUGCUCUUGGGGCAGCAAACCUACACCACCGGGGACAAGUUCAAACCCACUUCCCCCACCUGCAGCUGCACCUUUACCGGGCCUUUCAGCGAUUGACCUAUUAGCUUAUGAAAGGCAACUUGCCAUGAGCAAAAUGGGUGGCGUUCAUGCUCUAAUGCACCCUCAGGGACAGCAUCCUCUGAAGCAAGCAGCAAUGGGAGUGGGUGCUGCUGGAGCAAGCCAGGCUAUAUAUGAUGGUGGGUUCCAGAAUGUUGCUGCUGCCCAGCAGCUAUUGUACUAUCAGUAAUAAAGAUAGAGUUUGUGUGAUAAUAUCCUUAUUUCCUGCAUUUGCAGGUUUUAUUUGAGUUCUUAAGCAUAAGAUUUAGGAGGCUUUUUUUAGCAGUGAAGCUGCAUCCUGCUUUUAUCUAUAGCAUAUGUUUGCCUAUUGUAUCCAUCUUUACUUAUGUUUAUUGAGUUUUAAACACGGCUAGGAAAGCUUUUUAAUGUAUUCUCUCCUAUAUGUUUGAUACGGUACCGACUGUUUCAUUGGAUAUAUAUAAAGCAUAUUUAUAGCUUUCUCUGGAA